CGGCACGUUGCUCUAAGCGGCGACAUGUUUUGUCCCAGUGAGCUCGCCGUACUUUCACAUGACUUCCACUGCGUGUGACUCACCCGCAUUCCUCAGGUGGCACCAGCCCCGUCCCGCCGAUGUCUCCACGGCCGCGUCGAAGAGAAACAGCGGCGAAGAGUCAACAUCCAGCGCCUUGUGUUUAUACAGCAUGUAGAGCUCACUGGAGCCACCCACAGACAGUGUGCGCCGUGUCGGAGGAUUUCUAACAUCUGACUCCGCCUGUGCUCGGUGUCAGAGGGGAUCUGCAGCCCGGCGGAAGCGUGGGGAUACAUGGGCACAUGAUAACUGAUGACCGAGGAACCUUCUCCGCUUUCUCUGGGCUUUCCCUCGGUGAUGGCUGAGCUAAUACGAAGGUGUACUUAUUUCUUUCUCUACGAUGGAUCAAAGGUCAAAGGAGAGGGGGACCCCACGAAAGAGGGAAUCUGCUACUUUUAUCCUGAAGAGACCCCUGUAGAUAAGCAGGAGCUUCUCUGCGGACAGCUCGCUGGCGUAGGCCGCUGUGUCUCUGAGCUGUCCUCCUCUCCUGUGCGCAUCCUGAGGCUACGUCGCAGCAAGUAUGCCAUCCGUAUGAAGGAUGACUUCUUCUGGGCUCUGGGCUGCUCAGUGGAAGUCCCCACCACCAGUGUGUGUGAGCUCCUGGAUCAGCUCAUUAAUCUGUUUUGUUUCUACAAUGGCUCUGUCCGACAGAGCUACCAGCUUAACAGUCAGGAAACGUUGGCUGUUCGAUGGGGGCAGUACCUCUCACACCUGCAGCCAGGAUCCUCAGAGUUCCAUCGCAUCUUCAGCUGUUUACGUACCAUCGACUCAACUAAUGUUGACCCACUUCUGUUGCUCAAAGCUGCCCUUAUUCUUCAGGCAUGUCAGCGCUGCCCUCUAGUGUUGGCAGGCUGCAUCCUAUUCAGAGGAAGAGUUGUCAGCACACAGAUGACUCCUAAGCUCACAAUGAAGGUCAUGGUCCAUGAGAGUGAGACGUAUUCCAAGAGGCGCAAUGGAUCAGGGGCCUCCGGCAGACCUGGUGCUGCUGUCAGCUCCACGACAGUGUUCCUGACCUUAUCUGAACUCCAGUACCUGCAGUCUGCUCCUGUCGACAAAGAUCUCAGUUCCCAUUCUACUCCGCGCAGAGACGCUCCCCAGAAGAAGACCCGCCUGUCAAGAACGUUAUCUGAAAUGGCCUCCAGUGAGUCCGAUUCAUCUGACCUCGGUCCCUCCCAGUCUCCUCAGAAGGUGUCCUUCAGUCCUUGCUUGUCAGAAUCAGAUUACUCAGUGUCUAGCCCAGCUCCAUCGCAGAGCGCUGAUCCCCUCAACCCUCCACCGCAGUCCCCUGAGCCUCCUUUCUCCAAUGAACAACAUUCCCUUGAAACACCGGACGAAUCGGAUUAUCAGAGUUUUCACAGCAACGAAGGUGGCGACAGCCAGGUACAUAGCAAAGGAGAUGGCUCUGUGUUUGAAGAAAACUCCCUCCUCAAUGGCUGCGGGACAGAAUUUGACAUGCGAGGGGCAGAGUCAGGCCACGAGGAAUCACAUGACGAUGAGGAGGUGGUGGGAGAUAGAGGCGUGGAUGGCUGUGGGAGUGCGCAUGGUCACAAGGCGGAGGUGCACGAUCCCCCUCCUUCCUCUGGUGCCUCUGAAGACCCAGAGGAGAGUCCACUGAUCCCCAUGAUGCUGUACUUGCACCGGGUGAAAGGCUUGGUGCUGGCCCUGCUGGUGGAUCCUCCCUUCCUGACUGACACAGCUUCUAUGGAGGAAGUGUAUCACAGCAGCCUGGCGUCACUAAACGGACUGGAGGCUCAUCUGAGGACCAUUUCUCCAGGGGCCCCGGGUGUUCUGGGUCCCUACAUCUUUGCCCAUUUUGACUGCAUUCAGAGCACACUGACGACCAACCUGUCUGGUCGACCAGGGGGAGCCCCGGAGCAUCCUUUUGUCAGGGCAACAUCGCUUCUUCACUCGCAUUUCUGUAACACUAAAACUCUGCAGGAGGCUAUUAUCAGGAGCGCCGGUGCUGCAGUGUAUGGAACCCGCAGCGUGGCUCAGGAGACUUACUUCCAGCAGCACGGGGGAUCACUGAGGAACUCUGGCAUCCCCAACCACCAGGACAGCGCGUUCUCGCUGCCCAGCAAGGCCCGACACAGACUACUGAAGCACGGGGUAAACCUGCUCUGACCUAACAACAGUGUGACUGUCUGCUCUUGAUAUUCUUUGAAAGAAAAGCUGUCCUGUUAAUAGCUUUAACAUUAACACAGCAAAUUUGACAAAAAUAUGAUUAAAAUCUUCCUCUGUUUUUUGAACUGCCAUGGUUAACAGAUUGUGUGAUAUUUGCUUAUGGUGUGUUAUGAAAUACUAUGGCACUCAUUUUGAGGACAUCAUUUUGUAGUAUCAUCAAUAGGAAUUUGCUAUGAAAAUGUAAGUAAUUUAUGUUAUGGUUUUAUCAGGUUACGUCUGCACAUGUUUACAACAAGGUUUUAGCCAUAUCUUUAGUUACUCACAUGCUUUAUUUACAUUUUAUUUCUGCUAUGCUAAAACACACUCCUGUUUACACUCUGCUCACAUUUUCUGGACUUUUCACAUAUUUUCUCUUCAGUCACAUCACCCAUGCUAUAAAGGUACAAAUUCCCUGUACUUGUAUUCAUUCAUUUAGAACUAAAUCUUUAUACUGUUUAACUUCUGUACAUAAUCAAACUUUUGCUAAAGCUAUAUUUAAACAUCUUUUAUAAACAAAAAGUGUAUUUAUUUCAAAUCAACUCUUGGUCACAUAAAUGUGUUGUUAAACUCUUAUUUGCACUGCACUGUUUAUUUUAUUUUAUUAUUAGUGGAAAUUAAAUGAAUACAGGAUC